GAAGAUUAUGCCUUUCAUUUAGGAAAAAAAACGCAUUCCCUUCUUUAGGUCAUUCUUGUAAGGAAAUUCGGAACGCAGGUUCCCAUCUUAAAGACGGGGAGUACUGGAUCGAUCUUAAGAAGAACGGAAACCUUUUAAAGGUCUACUGUGAUAUGACAACCGAAGGAGGUGGUUGGCUUCUGGUCUCCAACGUUGUCGUCGACAACCCACUCUCGCUACGGUUUUCAUACGAAUCAUCAUACCGUGAAAUAACCAAUUAUCAGAACAAGUCGUUGUUACUCACGGCAGAUGCUAUGAAGGAACUGAGAACACAUUUACCUUUCACUCAGUUGAGAUUCUAUUGCAGAAAGAAAAAGGGACGCACUUUCCAUUUGACCACGGCUGCUAACAGCAGUGGCGAAGCAGUAGUAAAAUACUUCAGUGGUCAGACAGAUGCCUUUCCAAAAGCAUGUGGCUCGUUUGUGAGGAUGAAGGAUGACAACUCGAAGUUAGCUGCUGAUUGUAGUCAAUGGUACGAUAAAACGUGGGGAAACUCUAAUAGAGGACAAAACAGAUAUCGCGUCGUUGCUUUUGUCAAUGGGAAAUAUCACUGGCUUUUGGAAGGGAGCUCAAGAUGGGAAUGUGACGACUACAUCUCUAAUGGGGCAGGAUAUUUUGGAUUGUCCACAGGUGACUUUUGGAGGGUUUUUGUUCGUUAAGGCAAAAUGCAACUAGUAACUGAACAGUUCUCAUUGUCUGGAAAAAAAGUCAAUGGCUGACCAAGAUCUGUGUCACGUUUUGUUGUUUUUUAUCCUUUUGUUGCUAAAGCAAGCCUCCACUGCUAAAAUAAACUGUUAUUAGAACUAUCGGGAUAAAAUCUAUGCGCAAUUUUUGGCAUGUUGAAAUGAUGAUACUUGAACCCCGAUGCAACCGUAGUUUAGUCAUAAUUAUAGUUAGUUCAAUAAUUAUUAUCUGUAGUAAUUGUUUUGGAAAUGGUGAAAGGACUGAGUGGAGUCCAAUUCGGUCUGUAAUCAUAAGAGUGAGUAGCCAAGUUAUGGAAGAAAGAGAAAUUUACAUUAAAAGACUGACAAAGGAGGCGUAAAUUGUUCAACUGUUUGAUAUAAUUGAUUGAUUUAAACUACAACUUUGAACGUGA